AUGUCGCUACCACAGAUCCUCGCCGAAGGGGUCUUUGCGAAACUUCCUGUCCUCGUCAACGCAGACAUCUGCUCCGACAAGACGUAUAUCAUCACCGGGGGAAACCACGGUCUUGGUCUGGAAACAGCCAGACACCUCGUGCGUAGCUCUGCGGCUCGCGUCAUUCUCACCGUUCGAAACAUGAAGGCAGGCGAGGCUGCCAAAGCCGACAUCGAGCGCUCGACUGGACGAAAAGGUACAAUUGAGGUAUGGCACCUCGAUCUUGCAUCAUAUGACUCGAUCAAGGCCUUCGCAAACAGGAUGUCCUCCCAGGUCGAAAGGAUAGAUGCCUUCAUCUCGAAUGCGGGCAUACAAAUGGACAGGUGGGAGACAGCAGAAGGCAUGGAAUUGUCCAUGCAAGUCAACGUGAUCAGCACGAUGCUACUUAGUGCCUUGAUAAUGCCGAAGCUCGUAGAGAAUGCGAAGAAAGUUGGGGGUGAACCCAAGCUCGUGUUCGUUGGGAGCGCACUUGGCUUCAUGGCCAAAGAGGAUCUGGCAAAAUGUGGAAAUGUCGAUGUCUUUGCAGCAUUGAACAACCCAAAAGGCGCGAAUCUGGAUCAGAGAUAUGCUCUCACCAAGCUGGUCCAACACUACGCUAUACGUGAACUCGCUGCACUAUGUCCCGUGGAACGCACUGGCGUUACUAUCAACGUAAUCGCACCAGGGCUAUGCUCGACGGGCCUUGGCCACGAUACAUCCACAAAGACGCGAGCAAUGGUCGGCGUACUGCGGGCUGCUUUUGCUCGGACGGCGGAGCAGGGGAGUCGCACCAUCUUGCAUGGUGUUGUCGCCGAGAGAGACAGUCACGGAAAGAUGUUAUCUGGGUGCAAGAUCAAGGAGUAA